AUGGAGGUCUCGGUGGAGGUCACGUUCGGGAACAAGGUCGAGGAAGACAGAGAGGUCUCCGUUGAAGUGAUGUUCGGGAAGAGAGUCGAAGACGCUGAGAGGGAGGUCUCAGUAGAUGUGAUAUUAGGGAAGAGGGUCGACGAGGACAGAGAUGUCUCCGUUGAAGUGACGUUGGGGAAGAGAGUCGAAGAGGCUGAGAUCGAGGUCUCGGUGGAGGUGAUAUUAGGGAAGAGGGUCGACGAGACCGACAGAGAAGACUCAGUAGACGUGACGUUCGGGAAGAAAGUCGAAGAGACGGACAGGGAGGUCUCGGUCGAGGUAACGUUCGGGAACAAAGUCGAAGAAGAGGACAGAGAAGUCUCGGUCGAAGUGACAUUGGGGAACAAGGUCGAGGAGACAGACAGAGAAGUCUCGGUUGAAGUAACGUUGGGAAAGAAUGUGGAAGAAGAAGACAGAGAAGUUUCAGUCGAAGUGACGUUAGGGAAGAGAGUGGAAGAGGCCGUGAUUGAGAUCCUGGUAGACGUGCCGUUCGGGAACAAAGUCGACGAGACGGAGAGAGAAGUCUCAGUCGAAGUGAUGUUCGGGAACAAGGUUGAAGAAGCCGAGAUGGAGGUCUCAGUGGAAGUGACGUUGGGGAACAACGUCGAAGAAGAAGACAGAGAAGUCUCGGUCGAAGUGACGUUGGGGAAAAGUGUCGAAGAAGCAGACAGAGAAGUCUCGGUGGACGUGACAUUGGGGAACAAGGUCGAGCUCAGCGUGGAGGACGUUUCCGAGGGGGUAACAGUCGUGCUGUUGGGGAAAAGAGUGGAAGAAGCGGACGAAGACUCGGUCGAGGUGAUGGAAGACAGUGGUCGAAACAAUGCUGGACGUGACGGUCGUGGACUCGGAGGUAAUGGUGGUGGUGUUGGGGAAGAGAGUCGAGGUCACCGAGUCGGUCGAAGCAGAGCUGCUGGACUCGGUGGAGGUGACGUUGGGGAACGACGUCGACGUGAAGGUGGAAGAGGUCUCCGAAACGGUGACGGUGGUGCUGCUGCUGUUGGGGAAGAUGGUGGAGCUGAAAGUCUCGGACGAGGAAGCCGAAGACGAAGCGCUGACGGAAGUGACGGUGGUGGUGUUGAACACCGGCGGCACGGACGAGGUGCGCGUAACGAAGGUCGUGAAGGUGGCGUUGGUAAAGACCGUGCCAGUGACAGCCGUGGUCUCCUCGAUCACCUCUGUAACGGUGCUGCCGACGGAGACGGUAGCGGUCAGGGGGUCGAAGUCAGUGGAGGUGAGGACAAUGGUUUCGAGGGCAGUGGCCGUCGUCGUCGUCGUCGCCACGACGGUCGAGGCCGAGCCGGUGGUGGAGAUGGUGACUGUGAUGACAGACGUGGACAAGAUCGUGGCUGGGACCGUCUGGGUGACGGUGACGACGGCGGCGGCCGAGGUCACCGUGUUCGGCAGGACGCCGAGGCACGAGCAGGCCGAGGCGUAGCGGGCCACGGAGCUGCAGGCCGAGGCGUAGGCCGGGAACGUGUUGGAAGAGACGGCGGUCACGGGGCCCUGGCGCUUCUUGAGAGCGAUGGUCUCGAAGAUGGUCUGGGUCUCGGUGGCGACGGUGGUGAUCUGCGUGGUGCCGAAGACGAGGGUGCGGGUGCUGGCGACCAGGACGGUUGUGGGCACGACGACGGUCUCGGUGGCGACGGUGGUGACUUGGGUGAUGCCGACGCGGCUGGUCUCCGUGGCGGACACCAGCGCGGUUUCGACGACGAGGCUCGUCUCGACGGGACCCGGGGCGGCAUCGGUGACGGUGACGGUCGACGUGAAGACGCCGCUGGUCGCGGCCGUGACUGUCACGGUGGAAGUGCUUUUGGUGGCGUGAACGACUUACGCGGCACUGGGGAAUACGGUCACCUGCAGAAACUUGGAGCAGUCGGCGGUACCGCUCCUGGUCGUGAAAGCACUAGCCGCAAUAGCUGA